GAGAAGGUGAAGGUGAAGGUUUAAAAGCAAUUGCUACGGAGACUUCUGUAAUUGCCUCCUUCUCUUUUUGUAGGUUUCCAUUAAUACUGCAGCUCGGUGUCCGAAGAUCAUCUUCAGAUUUGCUUUUUUGAUCCAUUUUGUAGGCAUCCUCAAGUGGGCUGAAGCAAACAAAAUCAUAAGAUUAAUUUCUCGGGGGCUCGCGGAUCGGCCCGGCCAUCACCGAUGCUUAUUUUAGUACCAUAUCCGGAUAAAUAUAAGCAGAAUUCAUUUCCCGUCUUCUUUCGUCAUGGAUUCCGGCAAUCUCUCAAGCAAAACCGCAGGCAAACCCAUUCGAUGUAAAGCCGCCGUUUGUCGCAAAGCAGGGGAGCCUCUGGUCAUCGAGGAAAUCAUCGUGGCUCCGCCGAGUCCUCAUGAGGUUCGCCUCCGGAUCAUCUGCACCACUCUCUGCCACAGCGAUCUCACCUUUUGGAAACUGACGGUUCCUCCUGCUUACUUUCCACGAAUUCUGGGCCAUGAAGCUAUCGGGGUUGUGGAGAGUGUGGGAGACAACGUAGAUGAAGUGGCAGAGGGAGAUACUGUCAUUCCAAUAUUCAUCUCUGAUUGUGGAGAAUGUGAAGAUUGCACGUCAAAGAAAAGUAAUCUUUGUUCUAAAUUCCCUUUUGAAGUGUCUCCUUGGAUGCCUAGAUACGACUCCACUAGGUUUACAGAUCUCGAAGGAGAUGUUUUGUUUCACUUUCUCAAUGUGUCGAGUUUUAGUGAGUAUACUGUGGUAGACAAAACUCACGUCGUAAAGAUUGAUCCCACCAUCCCUCCAAACAGAGCAUGUCUUCUUAGUUGUGGAGUUUCUACUGGGGUUGGUGCGGCUCUGAGAACAGCAGAUGUUGAGGCAGGAUCAACUGUUGUUAUUUUUGGAUUAGGGUCAAUUGGAUUAGCGGUUGCAGAAGGAGCACGUUUAUCUGGUGCUACGAGAAUAAUAGGUGUUGAUGUAAAUCCAGAAAAAUUUGAAACUGGAAAAAUAUUUGGGGUUACAGAAUUUAUCAAUGCUAGUGAUUGUAGAGAUAAGUCUGUGAAAGAGGUGAUCAUGGAGAUGACUGGUGGUCAAGGUGCAGAUUAUUGCUUUGAAUGUGUUGGCUUGGCAUCUUUGGUACAUGAAGCAUUUGCUUGCUCCAGAAAGGGUUGGGGAAAGACAAUUGUAGUGGGUGUGGAUAAACCCGGGUCACAGUUAAGCUUAAGCUCUUAUGAUGUUCUUCAUUAUGGGAAAACCUUAACAGGAUCUUUAUUUGGAGGUCUUAAACCUAAAUAUGAUAUUCCUAUUCUUCUAAACCGUUAUGUAAAUAAGGAGUUACAACUUGACAAGUUCGUUACACACGAGAUGAAAUUUGAAGAUAUCAACAAAGCAUUUGAUUUGCUUAUUGAAGGAAAGUGUAUUCGAUGUGUGCUUUGGAUGGAGAAAAGUUGAUAGAACUAUUACAAUUAGCACAUGUUUAAGAGUUUGAAAUAAACCACGUGGGUUUCACAUGUUGAAUUCUCUUUCUUGUUAUAAUUG